CACCCAUCAUGGAACGUUGUUAAAGAACUUCAUCGUGCAGUUGCUGUAAAUCCUGAAGAGGUAGCUGUGGGCACCGAUCCUAAAAUUGACUAACAUGCCCUAAGCUACAACCAUGCAAAGUUUGGUGCUUUUGUUCGAUCUGUAUAGAUCUGAGCCUUUAGCCACCGGACUAUAGUUUGAUUGCGGAGUUCAGCUCAGACUUGAGUACCAUCCGGAUCCUCCGGUAGUACUCUUUCCGGAUCUUCUCUCUCAUCUGAGAGUGCUGGACUCCGUCUCCCUCACUGACUCUGAGGUGCUUAUAGGUACCUUCCUGGAUGAUGUUGCUGACGUCGAGCUCGAUGUUACUGGAGUUGGCUAGUCGCCCUCUCUUGAAGGUGGCCUUGGAGCACUUGUCCAAUCCAAAUUCCAUGCCUAUGUCAUCACUGAAAGAUUUGAUGGUUCUCAUCAGGCCCGUUUGUUCGACAUCAUUUUUUGUGUAGGUCUUCAGGUCAUCCAUUUAGAAGAGGAGGCUGAUCUUUCCAUGGGGGGUGUUGUACCCAUGGCCACUCUUGUUCAGGAGGGAGCCUAGAGGAGCAAGAGCAAGACAAAAGACUCGAGGUGACAGUGAGUCUCCCUGAUAGAUGCCACUUUUGAUUUUGAUAGGUUUGGAUGUCUUCAUGCCCUUUUCGUGGUUUAGGUGGAGGAUCGUCUUCCACAACUUCAUGUUUUCCCACAUGAAGUGGGUGAUAAUAGAGCAGAUCGUGUAGAGUUCAAGGCUCUUGACGAUCCAGGUGUGGAGCACACUAUCGAAGGCCUUCUUGUAGUCGAUCCAGGUGGUGGAGAGGUUACGGUGCUUGGAUCUCACCUCCUCAAGGAUGGCUUUGUUGAUGCGGAGCUGGUCUUUGCAGCCAUAGCUCCUGUGGCGACAUCCUCUUUGCACUUUGUGAAGCAGGUUGUUACUUUCGAGAAAUAUGUAGGCCCUUUUUGUAAUGAUAGAGGUCAGGACCUUGUACAUAUCUGGUAA